AUGAGUGCGUUCUGGUUUCAGAUCAAACCAAUUCAACAGUUUCGAGAUGUUCGAUUUUCAAAUCCAGAUGCAUUCACUGAAUAUGAAGGAAACUUGGUGCGAUACGGCGACGAGUUCGGUGACCGCUACAUCUCGGACAACCAGCGUCGGAACGGCCUCAACAUUCGUCUGCAUAAUUUCUUUCCAUUCUAUGGCGGACGUUACAACUAUACAAUGAUCUCCACCAACGGCUAUAUCAGCUUUGCAUCCUUCUCGGAUGACUCGUCCACGCUCCAGUUGGGUUUGGAUGUCGACUGGCCUACUCAGAGCGAUCCUGCCCUUAUCGCACCUUACCUCUGCAAACAGCGCAUUCAAAGUGGUCAAGGUGUCGACUCGAGAGUGUUUUAUCGAGUGGAAACUCGCAGAGGACCUGUACAACCUGAUUUAUUGUCCGGCCGUCCUCCGUGUCUUGGCAAACCAGCUCACUUCCGUUGUGACGACCAGUCCGAGCAAUUCCUCGAUGCUUUGGAGAGGGCACUGCAGCAGGGCGUUGCCGGUGGCUCCACUUUUCGUGCUGAAGCGGCUCUGGGUCUUCUGUCGUACACGAUGAUCAAUUACUAUAAACUCGGCUACGAUGCCGCAGAUAUCCAUGGAAAUUCACGCACAGGAAGAUUAGGCAAUAAAGCACGUCUGUGCAUAUUUUGGGCAAUUUUCAACGGCGGCAACCACACUGGAUCGGUGCAAGUUGAUCUGUUAGAAAUAACAAAGCAGCAACCAUCGUCACUCGCUUCUCGCUCCUCGGUGCCUCAUAUCGUCAGAGGAAGAUAUUUUCAUCGAGUUGACGACAUCGUCCGACCGGCUGGUUGCAGUAAUAAGACUGUCCCUCUUCUCAUCUAUCCGAACAUUGUGACGAUGUUAGGUCAGACAAAAGUCGACGUAAACGGAAUGUGUUUAAACCCAGCGGUCACCUACGUAUUGAUGAUCGAACAGCGUCAGAUGGCCAAAUGUGAGAUUCUGAAUCCAUCGAUUGCUCGAUGUACGUUGCCGAAAAUUUUGGAUUGGGGCACGAAGACCGUAUACUUCCAACCUCAAUCAGGCUUGUCCAACGACGAAAAAGCCUAUGUAGGAUUUAUUUAUUUUGUUCCACCAACACUGGACCCUAUGCGACUUGACAUCGGAGACAUCCAUUCAUGGUAUCCGCGAAAUUUUACCGUUCCACGCACAUUCGGUACUGGUGAAACUGUGAACUAUUUCGACGAUGCCAUCUACAGGGUCACUCUUGGCCUUUACGUUGUCGGCUAUAAAGAGGCACAAGACGACAAUUUGCGUAAAUUUGUACCUCACCAUCGAGUUCUUGCCAGGCUGGCUACUUAUCAAAAUAGAGUCGAUGAAACUCUCAGAUGGAAUCCAAUCAUUGAAAGUUACAAUUUGGACAGGGUUGACGAGUGGUACCUAAGUCCAUAUGAAAUGCGGCAUGAUUUGUUUAGCUAUAGAGAGUUCCACCGCCAAAUCAUCACACGAAAGUUUAGGUUUGGAUACCUCAAAUUGACACCAAUCGUACCAACGGAUGGCAUAAUGUCGUCUCCAAUUUCUCUGCAUUGGUUAUGGACGCUCCCGACAGACAGUGAAUUCACUGGCAGCAAACAAGACGUUCAUGAAAAAUUAACAUUUGUGAAAGAAAAGGCAAGUGAAAUGUGUCAUGAAUGGUUCAACGAAGACGGUGCGCUGUCGAAUUUCAUUCGCGAAACAGAAACGAAUGCUAGCUGCCCUUGCAAGGAGGAACAAGCGAAAAUGGACGUGGGACGCUUCAUGCCUCAUCCGAGAUGCAGCACAGUUAAGUGCAUCGGACUUGUCAGCUCCAGUUGUCUUUUCCGGGAUGUUUCAUGCACAGAAACGCUUGGUUCGAUGAACUGCUACAUGUCGGCGCAAAAUGUGCGUGGCACCACGUACCGACUGAACUAUUUUUCAAAUUUGGCUCAAAAAUUUAGCUCGUACACCACGCAUUACGGCCAGACUUGCUGCUACGAUGCUCAAGGGUUCUUAAUGCAGUCUACUUAUCAGCCUGUGGUUAAGAUCGACGAAAGCACACCGUACUCACCUGGUGUACCGAUGCGAGCGUUUGAACUCGGCAGCGCACCGUUUCAGGGAAUGUUUGAGGUGCCUGGUUUGUCGACAUUUCACCACGACAUCAUGCCUUACUAUCUCUGCUGCAAAUUUGCCGAUUUUCGCUGUCAACUAUUCUACUGGAGAAGACCGUCCAGUGCCUGUCAGGCUUACGAGCCGCCUGUCAGCGGAUCGAUCUUGGGUGCUGGUCUAGUAUCAACGCUGAACAACAGGAAUUUCGUUUUCAACGAGCCAGGAAUCUUCAAACUACUACAUGCUCAUAAAACCAGUUCCACGCCGGAAGUGCAAAUCCAGGUGCGCAUGGAGCGCUUCCCAGAUAGAAGUGUUGAUUUCGGCUCACUCGAGAUUUCUCAACGUGACCUGGUGCAACCGACGAACGCAACGGUAGUGACAGGCGUUGUUUUGUCAUCCGAUGCCACCGACAGAGUGCAUGUCGUGUUACGCAAGGAUACAUUCCGUCAGCGCUACAAGACUUCGAUCAUUGUGGGAAACGUUAUACGGUAUUUUGACAGCAUGCACAUCCAACGGUUCAGGGGAGUAACGGUGUACGUGAACAACGUUGAAAAAGGCCAGUCGGAGAUUUAUGUCGUCUUAGACGAGGCUCAAAUUGGUGUCCGCAUUCGGGAAUCUUAUGCUAUUGACAUCGACAGGAAAUUCAACUACAUGGAAAGUCUAGGACUACUUGACUUACAGAUCUCAAUACCACCGCAGUACAAAGUAUUUAGUAUUGGUGCACUACCUCGUGCUGCGGACACUCCACGAGUUGAAGGACUUAUAAAUCCAUUUCCGAAUGAGCCAUUCCAACAGCAAUCUGCACUGAGAUGGAGUAGCGUCAACGAUCCAAGCAUUCGUGCAGAACUUAUGAAAUAUAAAACUUUUGGACGAAUUUUUGAAGUGGGCAUGACAACACAGUUUUGUUCACGAAACCAGUCAUUCUAUGAAAAAAGAAAAGCUUCAAAUAAUAAUUUUCUUCUAGAUAAAAUCAAAGGCGAAAUGGAGCUGAUGAAUGUGAAUCUGCAAGCUGAUGAUGUCUCCGAUCUGUUCGCUUCUAGAAGUGAUCGCGAGAAUUUGUUUCAGCGGAAUAUGUGCUUAGGAGACCCUGAUUACGAAUAUCCGGAAGAACGGCAGCAAUACCUUCGAUGUCCUGCUGAUCUUGGGUCACUCGAAUCGGACUGUGCAAACGAUGUGGCGUGUCUGUACGACGCUGUUAUGUUGCAGCAAAACACCAGUAUAUUUUGGAUUGUUUUUUUGCUUUUGGAAAGAAUUGUUGAAUACAAAACAUUAUUCCAUGUUCCUCAGAAAGAGGUCAAAAAUAACUCAUGCGGUGCUAUGAACAUUGAAUAUCCAGAGUAUCUCAUUAAAGGGCCAUCAAGUGGAGAGCCGGCAUAUCUGGAGGGCGACAAGCUCUCGUUCAGCUGUUUUCAGACACACGUAAUGAAGGGCGACGCCGAGUUCCAGUGUAUGUGCCACUGUGCUUUCUUGUCUCCACAUCGCAAUCGCAAUUGA